AUGUUUCAGAUUGCUGAUGCAGAGAAUCACACGGAACUGCAAAUGGGCUUAGCAAUGCACAACCUCAAGGAGCCUGCUGACAUCGAAAUGGACAAAGGAACCAGCGGGUCCGCUCCGCGCCGCCGGCUCGCCCCUGGAUCUGUGACCGACAGAGAUCCGCCAGAGAUCCGCCGGGAUCCGCCAGAGAUCCGCCGGGAUCCGCCAGAGAUCCGCCGGGAUCCAGGAGAUUGCUUCCCCGGGAUCAUGGAGAGGAUCUGGGAGUUACUGCUGCUUGUCCAGAGCCAGAUGCUGCUCUGUGUCUCCGUUUCAGCUCAACACAACUCUCACACAGUCAGCGAAGGAUGGUGGGCUUAUAAAGAAGUGGUUCAAGGAAGCUUUAUCCCAGUUCCUUCGUUUUGGGGAUUGGUAAAUUCCGCCUGGAACCUGUGCUCAGUUGGAAAGAGACAGUCUCCAAUCAACAUUGAGACCAGUCACAUGAUCUUUGACCCGUUUCUCAGCCCUCUGCGCAUUAACACGGCUGGAAGGAAGGUCAGUGGGACGAUGUACAACACCGGGCGGCACGUGUCCUUACGGCUGGACAAGGAGCACCUGGUCAAUGUGUCCGGUGGGCCGAUGACCUACAGUUACCGGCUGGAGGAAAUCCGGUUACAUUUCGGCAGCGAGGACACCCACGGGUCGGAGCACCUGCUGAACGGACAGGCCUUUUCCGGGGAGGUGCAGUUAAUACACUACAACCAUGAGCUCUACACAAACGUCACAGAGGCUGCCAAAAGCCCAAAUGGGCUGGUGGUGGUCUCCAUAUUUAUCAAAGUUUCUGACACGGCAAACCCAUUCCUGAACCGAAUGUUGAACAGGGACACCAUCACCAGGAUCACAUAUAAAAAUGAUGCGUAUUUACUGCAGGGUUUAAACCUGGAGGGUGUGUAUCCCGAGACCCCCAGCUUUAUCACGUACGAGGGCUCGAUGACCGUCCCUCCCUGCCAUGAAACGGUGACCUGGAUCAUCAUGAACAAACCCAUCUACGUCACCCGGAUGCAGAUGCAUUCAUUAAGGCUCCUGAGUCAAAACCAGCCGUCCCAGAUAUUCCUGAGUAUGAGCGAUAACUUCCGGCCUGUGCAGCCCCUGAAUAACCGCUGUAUCCGAACAAAUAUCAACUUCAGUCUCCAAGGCAAGGACUGCCCCAACAACAGAGCACAGAAACUCCAAUACCGAGCUCACCAGACUGCUCAGUCCAGAUGAGCUGGGACUUUCUUUCCCUCCAAAUUGGUCCGAAUGACCCACAGA